AUGUGCGAAUUCCUUAUCGCAACUAUUCUGUGUGGUAAUCCAACUCACGUUGCCGCUGUUGUUGCCCUCGAGAACUCAGUGAACCGCUACAACAAAAGCUACGAGAAUGCUGCUGUAUGGAACGCGUACAAACUGAUCGCUGAAUACGAAGAAUGGCGAGGACGUGCGGGGUUUGGAGGUAUGAUACUCAGCACAGCGCAAUCGCUCUUCGAAGUAGCAGAAUCGAUGCCUAGCCGAGCGACUUUGUUUGUGGAGACAGCCUGCCGCAUAUGGGCCAAGCAGGGUCGUUGUGAGGAGAAAAUAGCAGAAGCCGUUUCGAAAGUUGUCAAUCAAUGCCCCCACCUACUUGGGCGAAUGACAAGAUUCUUACGCGCGAUCGACUUCGACCACGAAAUUGAAGUAGUUGUGGAUGAAGUUUGUGGGAUGAAAAACACGACUCUUUCCCCAAGCGAUCCCGCUUGGUUGGACUGGUGCCAAUCUUGUGUUGAACGUCCUGAGAGGCACGGCAAAAGAGAAGAGGUUCUCUCACGGUGUGUCGACAUUCUGUUUCGAUUCCUUGACUAUGGUUCGAAUCGAGGCUCGGCACGGGCUUGGGUUCUACUUCAUGCAGUUGUACAAUUAGUUAACCCAAGACUUUUCAUUCCUAUAUGGGCUCAAAGGUAUGAUUGGUGGCCUAGAUUUCAUGUAGUACCCUUACCUCCGGAAGCCGAGUCCCGAAGGGCUGAGCUAUUAGCAGCUCUAGCAGAAACGCCUGUCGAGUGA